GCCUCAAGAUGAGACUGUCGAUUCGCAGGCAGCGUCAACUCCUGUGACAAGUGAUGGAGGCACCCGACUAUGAGUCCGUAUCCGAAUCCAUUGUCCAGUUUUGUUGCGCCAUCGCAUCCGAUGUGAUCCCGUGGGCGACUCCGAGGUGGAGGAUGAGGAGGAGGACGGGAGGCACAUGGGAGGAUCUCCCGAAGAUGGACGACGCGGCAGACGACUACUACACGGAGAAGUUGAGGAUGUCCCCUAGGGUGGUCCGGGAGAUCGUGGAGGCGUUGUCCCCUCUUCUGCAGCGGAGGGUGAUAUUCUACAGGGUACCAUUGAUGCCGGAUCACAUCAGCGCAUAUGCGCUGUAUCGAUGGGCAAGCGGGGAGACGUAUGAGAGCAACACAUUGUCAUUUGGCAUAGGACGCACAUCAGGCUUGAUUGCAGUCGAGGACGUCACCAGGGCGCUUCUGAGGGUGUACCGUGACAACAUCGUCUGGCCUUCCGGGUUGCGGCGAGUGCUCGUUCUGCGCGCCUUCGAGGCCAAGGGUUUCCCCAACUGCUAUGGAUGCAUAGAUUGCACACACAGAUACGUGGACAAACUGGCGAACGCACCAUCUAAGAACUACUUCGAUCGGAAGCGUCGUUUUUCCGUUGUUGUGCAGGUGGUGGUGGACUUGGACUUGCACAUCACGAACGUUUUUGUGGGUUAUCCAGGGAGAUGCCAUGACAUUCGCGUGCUUCAACUUUCCAGUAUGUGGGCGCGUGCGGAGGAGGGGGAUCUUUUCCGUGAACCUGCUGUGGUGCUGCCGUUCGGAGUGAAGACAUAUGGGUACAUUCUCUGCGAUAAUGGCUAUCCUCCUCUGGAGUGGAUCGUCGUGCCUUACGGGGGGGCCGAUCAAUGUGUCGACGAAGAGAGGUUCGACAACAAGCAGAAGGUCGCCAGAGGGGCAGUGGAGAGAGCUUUCGGGAGAUUGAAGGGGAUGUGGAGGCUGUUCCUCCGCACACACAAGACGAAUAUGAACACUCUCCCACAACAGUUCCAAGCCGUGUGCAUUUUGCACAACAUCCUCCUUGAUGCUGGCAUGGACUUCGACGAUAACUUGUUGUGGGAGGUGGAUGCUAAUGGGGCGCGUCGACGCGUGGAUUUGGGGUUGGAUCACCCACCCCACCCCAUUGCGGAAACCUUUAAUCGGCCUCGUGCGCUGGCGUUGUGUGAAGCGUUGGCGGAGCGCAUGAAGCACGCGUGAACGCGCAAACUCCCUCGACGGCGGUAGCUACGGUAUCGAUCUCCGAGACGGGGGGGGGGGGGGGCUGGUGAUGUACGGGAGGCGGCGGUUGUUGUUGUUUUCCGGCGGGAGUGUAGUGUGCUGGGAACAGUUCUGCAGGGUCACUGCGGUUGUUUUGAUUUAUUUACUUUAUGGUAUUGUUCGUUGAGACAUUUUUUGUUUUACUUUUACUAUCGUUUACUUGGUGUGACUUUUAAUCAUUUCACGAACCUUUGAAGAGCGACGAUGUUUUCGCAGACGGAAGUGUCGUACUCGCUGUGAGAGUUUUUGCAUAUCCGCAUCCUUGAAUGCACUUUCGUGUCAUCUAUGAGUUCUUUUGUUGCGUUAAUUUAUCGAUGCAGAUUUUUUGUGUUAUCCAGUCAUGCAACAACAAAAGAAGCACCUUCUU